AGCGGGUAAAAGUUCAGCGAGCACGCACUAUCGAAGCAGGAUGUAAAUAGAAGAGUCGAGCACAGUGGAGAGAGCGGUACCGAUCCAAAUCACUCAUCUACGCACCGUCAUCACAACAGUUGUGUAUUACUAGAUAAAUGAACGAAUUUCCUUAAAAAAUCCACAGACAUGAAAUUGUUUACCUGGUCAGCACGCAAGAUUUUGUCCACUCAUUGGCAGCUGACAGGGGGCAGGCGAGAGUUCUGGGGAUGGCUCAAUGCUGUUUUCAACAAAGUAGAUUAUGAGCGGAUUAAAGCAGUCGGCCCUGAUCGAGCGGCAGCAGAGUGGCUUUUGAGGUGUGGGGCAAAAGUUCGUUUCCGUGGUUUCGACCGAUGGCAGCAUGACUACAACGGACUCCCUACCGGGCCUCUCGGCCGAUACCAAAUAGAAGCUAUUGAUGCCACUGAGUCCUGCAUCAUGUAUCGUGGUUUCGAUCACUUGGAGGGUCUAGAGCAUGUGAAGGAAAUCAAGUUGAAUAAGUGUAUUUAUAUUGAAGAUGCAUGUCUGGAGCGUUUGACUCAAAUAAAGACCCUGCAAGAGAGUGUGAUGAACAUGUCUAUAGUUUCCUGUGGCAACGUGACCGAUAAAGGACUCAUCGCUCUCUAUCAACUCGGGAACCUGGAGAGGCUGUUUCUUAGUGAUCUGCCUGGUGUAACAGAUAAAGAUCGGACUGUGGACAGACUCCAGACCGCACUUCCCAGACUCGCCAUAGAACUGGAUCUCGAUUAGCCAAUAAUAGCUUCAAUCAGAGUGCGCCGAGUAAAUCACAGCCACAUCUAAGAAACCGCAAGGACCAGGUCAUGCCAAAUAAGCUCAUUGGCUGAUUUCCAUGGCUGCUUUGGCAACAGUAUCUAAGCAACUAAGCAUCCCAGGGACGGAUGAGGAUAGCCGCCCUGCUUUGGAGCCGAAUCAACAAACGCCAACUUCUCACUUAAUUGACUUUGGUCAAAUACAGUAGAUUUGUUUCAGACAAUCUAGGGCUGUUUAAAAUGUUAUAUUGCAAGUAUCAAUAAACCCCAAACUGAA